CGCACUGGGGCAUCUGUUUCGGAGGAGCGGAGGCGAGGAGCCCGGCACAGGGCCAGAGCAUGGGGUGAUGAGGACUAUCCUCUGCUGACCUCAAUGCAGAUGACCAGUGAUGGCCACAGCAUCACCUCGGCAUUUGUUGGAUGACGUAAUAAACGCAGAACAACAACAACAACAACAACAGGAGCAGCAGCAGCCGGAAUUCCUGAGCUCGCUGGAGACAGUUGUUCUCACUGUCUUUCUCUCCAUCAUUAUCAUCAUGACAGUGUUUGGAAACCUACUGGUCAUGGUGGCACUCUGCAAGGACAGACAUCUACGAAAGAAGAAGACUAACUACUUCAUUGUGUCGCUGGCGUUUGCUGACUUACUGGUUGCACUGGUGGUGAUGCCCUUCGCUGCGAUCGAGCUGACCACUGGCCAGUGGCGGUAUGGAGAGAUCUUCUGCCUGGUCCGAACGUCUCUGGAUGUCCUGUUGACGACAGCCUCCAUCCUGCACCUGUGCUGCAUUGCAUUGGACAGGUAUUACGCUAUUUGCUGCCAGCCGCUGGUCUACAGACACAAGAUGACCCCGGUCCGAGUGGCAGUGAUGCUCAGCGGCUGCUGGAUCAUCCCCACAUUCAUCUCCUUCCUACCCAUUAUGCAAAGCUGGAACGCUAUCGGCAUCGAGGACAUUAUUGAGGAAAGGCGAGCCAUGGUAGGAGGCUCCAAUGACACAAGCUGUGUGUUUCUGGUCAACCGGCCGUAUGCCCUGAUCUGCUCUGCGGUGGCCUUCUACGUCCCGUUAGCCCUCAUGGUCCUGGCCUACCAGCGCAUCUACAUCACAGCCAUGACCCACGUAAGGCAGAUCGAGACUUUGCAGCGGGCUGGCUCUGCACCCGUCACCGGGACAGCUCCGGUGAUCACUGUGAGGUCCUCCACUUCCUCAGAUCCAUCGGAGCACCACCGCCUUAGGACAACAGCGGGCUCCUCUGCCUCAGAGCAGGCUCCCAUAGCAAAUAGCCGCAUGCGUGUUGAAACUAAGGCGGCAAAAACGCUGGCGAUUAUAAUGGGUUGUUUCUGUCUUUGCUGGGCGCCAUUCUUUAUCACCAAUGUGGUGGACCCCUUCAUCCAUUACACAGUGCCCUGGCAGCUUUGGACAGCAUGGCUGUGGCUCGGGUACAUUAACUCAGGGUUGAACCCCUUCCUCUACGCCUUUCUGAACAGGGCAUUUCGGAGGGCAUUUUUGGUGAUUCUCUGCUGUGGGGAUGAGCGCUAUGUACGGCACGGGAGCUGCUCUUAUAGACAUACCCACAGAGCAUACUCAGCUGCGUCGGUCAACGGAACUUCUAUGGCCUUAAGAUUGUCCUUCCUGCCAAACCGGAGCUACAGCGACAAUGGACGGACAAUACUAGGCAAUGAGCAGGAGUCCCAGGACUCUCUCGGACCACUAUGAGGAUGACUUGACAGAGCUGUGACAUUGUCAGCGGGUGCGGGGGACCUCUGAGUUUGUUUAGAGACAAAGACUUCUUGGCCUCUGUUAUCUCAACAGUCUACCGUGAACUGACCUGAGAUGUAUAUGAGAAUAUUGCCUCACCUGGACAUUCACUCUAUGACAUUCUUUAUGCUGUCCAGGAUAAUCUAAACGUUAGAGGUACUAUUGCUGGGCAUCAGACACGUGCAGAAAGUCUUGCUCUUGGUGACUACAAAUGAUACUAAAUGACGCAUAUUGAUGCAGAAUUCAAGUAUCUACUCAUUGUAAAACCCAAAAAACUGUUCUUUUCAGUCGAACGUCUGGAUCGCAGGAUGUGAAGAUCAAGUCAGCUACAGUUCUCAGAAAAUGACAGUAAGACUACAAGUUAAACUCUGGCUAACAUGAUGGUGGAAUCAAGAGGCCUCUACUGCUUUUUAACCUCUAUGCUGACAUUUCAUCAUAGCUUAAAACUGACAUUCUUUGGUGGCAUGUUGUGAAGGAGAAACGAGUUAUAACGAGUUAUAUGGUCACAGGGGUGACUGCCGGUCUUAUUAAAGUUCAGUUUAUUGCACAGCAGUUUGUAUUCUUGCCUUUUACCAGCAUCGCUGCCACUCUGAAACAGCUGGAUGUAAUGUUAUGUCAAAAGUGAACAUUUUUAUUUCAUAUUCAGUUUUAAAAACACCAAAGGCUGAG